AUCAUGUUUAGGAUCUUUGAUAUUUGUCAACUUUGGCUUUUUCUUUAUCUGUAUUGGUUGAAUAUGGGUUCCAUUUAGCAACCAGUUAUUCAUGAGAAUGGAAAGGGAGCACAUAAUGAAGCUGUUCAUUGACCUAAAUAGGUCAACCCUACCCCAACCGACCCCCACAUAUACCAGUCCUUAAGUCAUAGUGUGAAAAGCAAAUGAAUUUUGUCACGAAACAUAAUUAUAUACAGAAAGGAAUUGUACAAACUCGCGUGUUGCUCAUGUGUUUAUAUCUGUAUCUAUAUCCACCUAACUUGUAUCUUGUAUUCUUUCUGAACUUCUAGAAAGAAAGAAGGGUUUGAUAUUUUAGUUGUAAUGAACAAUAUAUUUUUCAUUAUUGUAGAAAACUGCCACUGAAAAAGAGGGGGUUUUGUUUAAUCCGAUGAAUUCUCCAUCCGCAGCAGCAGGGAAAUUGCAUCAAACCUUAAGCAGAAACAGAACUAUGGAGAAAAAAGAUGAUACAUCUCUGCAUAUUGCUAUUAGGACAGGAGAUAUGGGUGCAGCUUUUGAGAUUCUAAGCAGUUAUGUGGAACAAAAGUUGAUAGAAUUGCUGUUGAAGAAGAAUCAAUCGGGAGAAACCCCUCUUUAUGUUGCUGCUGAAUAUGGGUGUGUGGAUUUGGUGAGAGAGAUGAUCAAGUAUUAUGACUCUGAGGCUGCAAGCAUCAAGGCCAAGAAUGGCCUUGAUGCCUUCCAUAUAGCUGCAAGGCUAGGAAAUCUUGAGGUGUUGAAGGUUCUUAUGGAAACACAUUCCGAGCUUUCAAUGACUUUCGAUCAAACAAACACCACAGCAUUGCACACUGCUUCAGAACAAGGCCAGAUUGAGGUGGUGAAUUUUCUCUUGGAGAAAAAUAGUGGCAUGGCUAGUAUUGCCAGAAGCAACCUUAAAACUGCUUUACAUUCUUGUGCAAGAAAGGGUCAUUUAGAGGUUGUAAAAGCACUUUCACAGAAAGUCCCUGGAAUUGUUGGUAGAGCUGAUAAGAAGGGACAAACAGCUCUUCAUAUGGCGGUUAAAGGACAGAACGUGGAGGUUGUUAAAGCACUUAUCGAAGCGGAUAGUGGAUUGGUUAAUAUGGUUGAUAAAAAAGAUAACACUGCUCUACAUAUAACUGCAAGAAAGGGUCGCACACAGAUUGUUUGGGCAUUGCUAAGUCACAAGGGAACAAUCAACAAAGAAGCCAUUAACAAAUAUGGGGAAACAGCUCUUGACACAGCUGAGAAAUUCGGGCAGCCAGACAUCGCGAUCAUCUUACGAGAACAUGGAGUCCCGAAGGCAAAAUCCAUGAAACACACACCUCCACCUUUAACACCCACUGCCCGCGAAUUGAAACAAACAGUAAGUGAUAUCAAACACGGAGUUCAUGAUCAGCUCGAGCACGCACUCAAAACUCAGAAAAGAGUAAAAGGAAUCGGAAAACGUAUCAACAAGAUGCAUCUUGAAGGCCUCAACAAUGCAAUCAAUUCCACCACAGUUGUUGCUGUUUUGAUUGCCACUGUUACUUUUGCUGCAAUCUUUCAAUUGCCUGGCCAAUAUGUUGAUGAUUCAACUCAUAUUCCAGCUCACUUUUCUCUGGGAGAAGGACACAUAGCUUCAAAACCCGAGUUCAUUGUUUUCUUGAUCUUUGAUGCUCUUGCCCUCUUCAUAUCACUGGCGGUUGUGGUUGUUCAGACAUCGAUUGUGGUGGUGGAGAAGCGAGCAAAGAAGCAGGUGAUGGCAGUGAUUAACAAGCUAAUGUGGUUGGCCUGUGUGUUUGUUUCAGUAGCCUUUCUUGCACUUUCUUUUAUCGUUGUGGGAAACGAGAAAUGGUUGGCAGUUGGGGUUACAGUUAUAGGGUCAGUGACGUUGGCCUCCACACUAGGAACUAUGUGUUAUUGGGUUAUUAUGCAUAGAAUUGAAGCCAGCAACAUAAGGAGUCGGAGGCUAGAGAGGAGUAGCAAGUCGCUCUCGGGGUCAGUGUCAGCAGACUCAGAUUCGGAAAAUGACGAGUUCAAGAAACUUUAUGCUAUCUGAUCAUAAUAAUGCUGUAUGUUUACAUCUUUUCGAAUUGAGGGCAUCUUUUUUUUUUUUUUUUCUGUUUAUCUUGGUUCUUAAAAGAGCUAGUGACCACUUCAUAUGUAUAUAUCUCCAAGAAUUUAUAUAAAGUAGCAGAAAAUUGCACCAGAUCCCUAUUUGACCAA